AUGAUUCCAUUAAAAGACAAUCAAGAUGUGGCAUCAUUCCUUGUUACAAAGCACUCUUGGAAAGGCAAGUACAAAAGAGUGUUCUCAAUUGGUACUCAUGGAAUCACAACAUACAAUCCGGAUCGUUUGGAGGUGACAAACAAAUGGGUGUAUUCAGAUGUAGUGACUAUAGCUUCAGCAAAACAUUCUAACUCAGCUGCCAAUCAUGAUUUCACUCUUGUUAUGAAGAAGGAGAAAAAAAUUGAUUCCAUGAAGUUCUCCUCAGAACACAAAUGUCUCAUUUUAACUGAAGCUUUCAAAUACAGGCAUUUAUUUGCUGAGAAGCCUAAAGAUAUUUAUAGAUAUCAAGCCUACAAGCAUCACUGGAGUGGUACAAGACUGCCCAUAGUGCUUGAAGUGGGACCAUGUUCACUUGAACAAUUGGAUCCGUCCACCCACACUUUACUAGCUAGCUACCCCUAUGCCGACAUUCAAGGAAUCCUGCCAGUGAGAGAUAUACCAGGAGGAUUUGUGCUUGCCGUCGGUGGCUACAGCAGAUUGCAUCUCUUCUCAAACGCUAUGGAUCAUCAAAUAAUAAUAAAUAAAAUGCUGGAAAUGGCCAGCCUCACAAUGAGUAUAAGCAUUAAAGUCCUAUCAGCAACAAUAACAUUGAAUGAUUAUCAUGAUCAGAGAUUUGGGAAAUACAGCGGCGAUCAACACCAGACAAGCUUGAGUGAGUUCCUAGUACAUAAAGUGAAUCCUGCAAGACAUAUGGAGCCAAUGAGACGCACCCUUUGUCUGUCAGAUACUUGUAUAUUGGAGAGAGACCCACAGACAUAUUCUGUUGUGUGUCUUCGACCGCUGAGUGAUGUUUUUGCGUUCGUACGAUAUCCUGAUCAUCCACAAAAAUUUUCAAUCGAAUAUUUGAAUGGACAAACUCGCACCUACUUAGCGGGAGAGAGGGAUUCACUGUUAGCGUCUCUUGUGGAUGGUGUUCGUUCUGCGGGUCAGCGCGACGUACAUGUCCGUUCAGCACGAACUCCGCGAGGAUACAGACUCGGACCAUUACAUCACCCCGUUGACGAGGAGACAGAGAGCAACCACCUUAGAUUAUUUCAAAACCCAGUGGGGAUGUCCCGGGCAGAAGUCAUAGAACGAUUCAACGCGAACGUUGGAUAUAGCGGCCUCAUUUACUCCGUCAGUCAAGAUGCUCGUCCCCUGUUGUGGCUGUUUCUAACGUGGGAUCUUAGACUGUUUGCUGAGAAUAAAGAGAAGUUAAUAACGGGUGCUCUGGCGGCCAUGAUGGGUGGUGGGGGGGCUCAUCUGUCACUGUUAGAGCUUGAAGCACAGUUCCACGCGCUGAGAAGACUCUGUGCUAGCAAAGUAGGCUUCGCUGCAUUCACUGCACUACCUGGUUUCCGUGAGUGGAUGGGUAACGCGGCCGUGAGUGCUCUCCGUCGCGAGUGUGCCGCUUGUUCGCACGCCGCCCUGGACGCGCUGUGUGCUCUGCUGCAGCCCAUGCACGCUGAGCCCGACCUCAGACAGGAGCAGCUUAACAAGGCUUCCAUGCUGGCUUCACCCGCCUUCCUUGACGGACUACUGGCCAUGUGGGCUACUCACGUUUCAGCAGGUACGGGCGCGUUGGUGGUGGCGGCCAUGUUGGACUUCCUGACAUUCGCUCUGUGUGUCCCGUACAGUGAGACGACGGACGGGAAACAGUUUGAUCAGCUGUUGGAGAUGGUGGCCAGUAGGGGGAGGAUUAUAUUUAAACUGUUUGAGCAUCCAUCCGCGGCUAUAGUGAAAGGCGCAGGGUUGGUAUCACGAGCUCUGGUAGAGGAGGGUGGGGGCGGGGUCGGGGCGAAGGUUCAGGCCCUCGCCCUCGCGGAGGCAGCCCUGCCGAGACACCUGCUGCAUGCGUUAUAUACGACAGCACCCUCCCCGGCGCGCCUGCAGCGGCGACACCUCGCGAGACAUCUGGUCGCAUUAUGGCUAGUUGAUCACGCGCCUGCUAAUGACCUCCUCAAGAGAAUUAUGCCAUCUGGUUUGCUUUCGUUCCUGGAAUCUCCGGACGCGCCGCCCGCGGUAGAGGACACUGGCGAAGAACGUGACAACCUACAACUAGCGCAGGCCGCGGGUAAGGCGAGGGACACUCACUGGGAUGCUAUUGAGAGACAGCUGAAAUACGUCGAGAAACAUAUUGAGCACUACACGUCACUGGCAUUGCAACACUGGGCACAAAAGGUCCGAGCGACCGACCAGCGUAAGGAGAUCCGCGAGCGACCCGUCGUGUUGAGGAGGAGGCGGGAGAGGGUCAAGUCCACCGCUAACUGGCCUAUGUUCUACUAUCAGUUCCAUCGAGACCACGCCCUACCUAACUUAAUAUGGAACCACACUACUCGUGAGGAGCUUCGUAACGUGUUGGAAAACGAGUUACGUACUUUUUCCCUGGAGCGCGAGGCGGCGGGUAACGUCCCAACCGCUUGGAACCACGCAGAGCUCGAGCUGCACUAUCAAUGUCUACAAGCCGAGGUCAAGAUCGGCGACUACUACCUGCGGAUAUUACUGGAGCAACGAGACUGUGACGACAGCCCUAUACGGAAAUCGUACGAGUUCUUCAACGAUCUAUACCACCGGUUCCUGUCGACUCCUAAGGUGGAGAUGAAGUGUAUGUGUUUACAAGCGAUGACUAUCGUGUAUGGACGAUACUACGAAGACAUCGGACCCUUCGCUGACACCAAAUACAUAGUGCAGAUGUUGGACCGGACAUGCGAUAGAAUGGAGAGGGAUAGACUUGUACAGUUUCUAGCUAAAUUAAUACUACACAAGAAAAAUGUCAGCGAGAUAUUGGAGUGGAAUGGAAUUAGGAUCCUGGUAGAUCUAAUGACUCUGGCUCAUCUCCACACGUCUCGAGCAACAGUUCCUGCUCAGAGUAACGUGUUGGAGGGACCCAACGUACAAGGAGAUACAGACAGGGAGUGGUACUACAACUUGGAGAAAGGAGACCAACUCACACGAAAGGGACCUGUUAGCUUUACACAGCUCAAGGAUUUAUACAAAAGUGGCGAAAUAAACAACAAGACGAAGUGCUGGGCGAACAGUAUGGAGGGCUGGCGGGCGUUAGGGGGCGUGCCUCAGCUGAGGUGGAGUCUGGGGGCGAGGGGGGCCGCCGCGCUCACGGAGACUGAACUAGCGGCCACUGUACUGGACCUACUGGUCACAUGCACGAGAUACUACCCUAGCAGGGAUGAAGAAGACGCAAUAAUACGUCCGUUGCCAAGAGUUAAACGACUUCUCUCCGAACCAGCGUGCUUGGCUCACGUGGUGCAAUUAUUACUGACGUUCGAUCCUAUACUAGUAGAAAAGGUGGCAACUUUAUUAUAUGAAAUAAUGCAAGACAACCCUGAAAUCUCUAAGUUGUAUUUGACGGGUGUUUUUUACUUUAUGUUGCUGUACACGGGCUCGAACCUGUUACCUAUAGCGAGGUUUUUGAGAUUGACGCACAUGAAACAAGCGUUCAGGGCCGACCAGACAAGCUCAGAUAUAAUGCAGCGAUCGAUAUUAGGUCAGUUGUUACCGGAAGCGAUGGUCUGUUAUUUGGAAAAUCACGGUGCUGAAAAAUUUGCUCAAAUAUUCCUCGGUGAAUGGGAUACACCGGAAGCUAUAUGGAAUGCUGAAAUGAGACGCAUGCUGAUAAUGAAGGUAUCAGCUCACAUCGGUGAGUUCACGCCCCGCCUGCGCGCGCACGUGGCCGCCCGCUACCCCUACCUCGCCAUACCCGCCGUGCGCUACCCGCAGCUACAGAGAGAACUGUUCUGUAACAUGUUCUACCUCCGACACCUGUGUGACACGCAGAGAUUCCCCGACUGGCCGAUACCUGACCCGGUGGGUCUUCUGAAGGACGUGCUUGAGGCGUGGAAGCGCGAAGUGGACAAGAAGCCGUCGUCCAUGACCGCGGAGCAGGCGUACGUGGCGCUGGGACUCGAACCCACUACACACGACGAGGCGGCCGUCAGGAAGGCUUACUACAGACUCGCGCAACAGUUCCAUCCAGACAAGAACCCGGAAGGACGGGACCGUUUCGAAGCAGUUAAUCAAGCGUAUGAGUUCCUGUGCAGUCGUAACGUAUGGACGGGCGAUGGCCCGAACACUAAUAAUAUUCUACUCAUUCUUCGUACACAGACCAUACUAUUUCAGAGAUAUUCUGAAGUGCUCUCUCCGUACAAGUACGCGGGAUACUCCGCUCUGCUUCGUACAGCGCGGCUGGAGGCGGCCGCUGACACAUUGUUCUCGAGCGAGGCCGCGCUGCUGCCAGCCGCCUGUGAACUUGCGCACGCUACACUGGCCUGCUCCGCGUUGAACGCACAGGAACUGUGUCGAGAAAGAGGCCUCGAGGUUCUCCAAGAGGCUCUAUCCCGCUGCGUGUCGGUGCUAGGAGGUAGCGCGGCGGGUAGUACGGCUGCGGCGGUGUGCACUCAUUGCGCCAGAUGCUUCGCUGUUGCUGCUCGCUUCCCCGUCUGUAGGGACGCUGCGGCAGAACUACCCACGCUAUGUAGUGAUAUUGUACCACUACUGAAACGACCGGAGUUGGGUGAAACAGCAUGUGCGGGUGCUGAGGCGACAGCAGCGUUAGCAGCGGACCCGCGGUGCCGCGACCGUCUAGCCCGAGCACAUGUUAUACACGCCCUCCUGCCGCCCGCUCUGCAGUACGACUACACGCUCAAAGAAUCCGGAGUAGACACUGAGGGAGAUAAUAAACAGGAAGUGGCGAAUCGUCUAGCGGUUCAAUGCAUUGCAGCGCUUUCAUCGCUUUACGGUCCGCACGAGGAGGCGGGCGAGGAGGACGAGCGGGUGCAGGCCGCGCUCAGGAUGCUACUCACACCGUACAUAUGUGAUAAACUAGCGACUGCUGACCCGCACGAGUUACUUAAAAUGUUGACGUCCAACUGGCGUACGCCGUACCUAGUAUGGGAUAACAGUACUCGCGCGGAGCUUCGUGAGGCGCUCCGGUCUCGGCCGGCCGAGGACGCGCUGCUGCAGGACGUGUGUUACAGCGCGCACGAGGGACUGCUGACUGUGGGCGGGGUCUACCUCGACAUAUACAACGAACAACCAGACUUCCUUAUUGAGAAUCCACAACAGUUUAUUUUGGAUCUCCUCCACUUCAUCAAGGAACAAACUACAGUCGCCAAAUCACAGGAGACCGAAGAACGGUUAACACUAGCAUUGAAUGCUCUCGCCAAUUGUGUUAUAAAGAAUCCCGGUGUAGAGAUCCAGUGUAUCGGUCACUUCCCGGUGAUCUUCAGCCUGAUGAGUGCGGGCGUGCCCCGUGUGGUGGCGGGCGCGCUGCGCGUGUCGCUCGCGUGUUCCCGGAGCCGCGCGUGUGUGGAGGAGGUGUCGGCGGGCGGGCUACUGGGACACGUGCUGCCUCUACUGGCGCCGCCCGCUCACAGAGAGGCGUUAGACACGCUCUCUGCUCUGCUCACAUGCACGCCGCUCGUGAGAGAGGCGCUGGCUAAAGGAGCUGUGAUAUAUCUGUUAGAUCUGUUCUGUAACUGUAAGACGCCGGAGACACGAGAGAUGGCUGUGGAGCUACUGUCGCGGAUGAUGGCUGAUAAGUUACACGGACCCAAGGUGAGAUUAACUAUCUGCCGCUACGUGCCGGGCGUGUUUGCGGACGCAAUGCGUGAGGCGGGGGGUGCGGGGGGCGCGGGGCCGGCCGCCGCCAUGCACGCCUUCGACAACAACCACGAACAUCCGGAACUGGUGUGGGCCGACGAGCUGCGGCAGAGAGUGAGGGCCGGCCUCGUGCAGCGGAGAGACAGGCUAUAUACUAGUCAAAUCCGUGAUCCGUCGAUUCAAUACGAGGAACGUGAGAAGGAUACGGGCGAAGUAUCAUGGGCGCCGCCCGGGGAGGUGGUAGUGGGGGGCGUGUACCUCAAGCUGUUCCUACAGAACCCCACCUGGAGUCUGCGGAACCCCAAGAGCUUCCUACAGGACCUCGUCUCCGAAACACUCUCCGCACUCAACAAGGAUUCAUCCGAGGGUGGUCGCGGCGACACGUGUGCGCGUGCGCUGACGGCCCUGCUCCACGCGCGUCCGUCCCUGUGUGAGGUGUGUGCGUGUCUGGGCGAGCUGCCGCGUCUGGCCCGCCUGCUGCCCGCCUGUCCGCGACAUGCGGUGCCCGUACUGGCUGCUCUCGCUAACACACAGUCGUGUGUGGUGGCGUUGGUUCAAACGGACGCGAUGGUGGGUCUCAAGACGGCCGUGAAGACGUGUCGCGAGGUGGUGGGCCCCGCCUGUGACGCUCUCACUGCUAUAUUCAGUUCUCCAGUCAACACGGACAAACUAGUACUACAGGCUCUUGAAUGUGACUUGAUCACUGAGUUACUAUCAAUGCUGGAGGGUCGCGGGUCGGGUGUUGGUUUGGAAGGAGGAUGCGUGGCGCGCGUCGUAGGAGCAUUGAAAGCCAUGAGCCGCGCCGGACUACAUUCGGAAAAAGUGAAGAAUAUACUAGCGAGGUCACCCGUCUGGGAACACUACGCCGCGCAGAGACACGACCUGUUUAUAUCGGCGCCGCAACAUCACUCUAUAACUGCAGGUGCCCCACAGACCGCGGGGUACUUGGCCGCCCCGCCCUCCGUGCCGCCCGCGCACCCCCCGCCGCUAGACUGA